AUGACGGGGGUCGUGACGUGGCAUGGUGAAUGCCGAGACGACGAGCGUGGAGAGAGAGAGAGAGAGAGAGAGAGAGAGAGAGAGAGAGAGAGAGAGAGAGAGAGAGAGAGAGAGAGAGAGAGAGAGAGUUUAGGGCUCCUCGCCUCCCUUCCUUUUCGUCCACUCUCCCUUCUCCCCCUUCCACACGCACCGGUAACCACUCCCAUCCCCCUUCUUUAUUCAACCCUCCUCGCCCUUCAUCUCCCCUCCUCUACCCCACUCCACUGGCAACCCCUUUCGCUCAUUCUCGCCUCCUCCUUAUCCGGCAUAGCUUACAAAUCAGAGUGUCCCAACAAUCCACCUCGUCCACAUUCACUUCAGCUGCCUGUUCUUGUGUGA